UGCCACUCGUUCGUCACUGGCCUUCUUAUCGCUGAUACAGCACGGCGCAGCAUCACCGCGCUCCCUGCACUCUACUGUACUGACACAGAAGAUAGUAAAAGGGCAGAAGAAGAAGUGAGGUAGCCAUGAAGCUAUUCUCUCCUUCAAGCCUCUUCAACUCCUUUCCUUCUCUUCUAUCUCCUACUCUUCCCGUCAAAUUCAGCUCCAUCUCUUUCUCCUCUUUUUACUUCUCUCCUCCGCCAUGUAAUUCUCAUUCCAAAUUGUCUCAUACUCGUAGUCUUAGAUAUAGUACAAGAAUCAGAAGAAGAAGAAGAGCCAAUUUCAUUGGCUGCUGCACCACUAGUAGUAAAAACGUGGAAUUGGAAUCAAAAUCAUCAGAUUCUAAUGCUGAUUCUUCGUCAUCGAUGUACUUUGAUUGCGUAGGGACAGGCCUAGAUGUGGAGUGCCUUGUCUCUUCUUCUCCCUCCUCUGAAACUAAUGGUACAAAGUUGGCGGUGGAAGAGGGAGGAGGAGAUGAAUCGAAAAGUGAUUUAUUGGAAAUGAUGGUGGAGACGGGAGUUUUGGUGUCGCCUUUUUUCUUUUGGGGCACGGCUAUGGUGGCUAUGAAGGAGAUAUUGCCAUUGGUUGGUCCUUUUUUUGUGGCUGCUUUUCGGCUUAUUCCUGCGGGCUCACUUUUGAUUGCAUUUGCUGCGUCCCAAAGUAGGCCUCUGCCCUCUGGAUUCAUUGCUUGGCUCUCCAUCGCUCUCUUCGGCCUUGUUGAUGCUGCUUGUUUCCAGGGUUUUCUUGCUGAGGGAUUACAGAGGACAUCUGCAGGUUUAGGCAGUGUUAUAAUCGACUCACAACCUCUGACAGUGGCUGUACUUGCAGCCUUGUUAUUUGGUGAAUCCAUUGGGUUGGUUGGAGCUGCAGGCCUUGUACUUGGUGUCAUAGGACUUUCACUUCUUGAGUUACCUGCUCUUGCUAUUGAUGAGAGUAAUUUUUCUUUGUGGGGAAGUGGAGAAUGGUGGAUGCUUCUUGCAGCUCAAAGCAUGGCAGUAGGCACAGUCAUGGUCCGCUGGGUUACUAAGUACUCUGAUCCUGUUAUGGCAACUGGAUGGCACAUGGUUAUUGGUGGUAUCCCUCUUGCGGUGAUCUCAAUUCUCAAUCAUGAUCCUGCCUUCAGUGGAAGCCUCAAGGAACUGACAGGAAGUGAUAUAUUGGCACUCCUUUAUACCUCUAUUUUUGGAAGUGCUAUUAGUUAUGGCGUAUACUUCUACAGUGCAACAAAAGGUAGCCUGACAAAGCUCAGUUCCCUCACUUUUUUAACCCCGAUGUUUGCUUCAAUUUUUGGGUUUCUAUAUCUUGGUGAGACCUUCUCACCCUUGCAAUUGGUUGGCGCUAUUGUCACUUUGAUUGCAAUAUACAUGGUCAAUUAUGGGGAAAGUACUGAAUGAAGCAUUUUGCCUGUACAAAAGGGUAGAAAAUGCUGGUCUGGUUUGCCUGAUGAUUUGAUUUUCAAGACUCAGACAUAUUUGUAGCAUGUAUUUACAGUGAAGUUGAUUAAAAGAGAUCAAGCUGUAUGCUACCUAUGGCCUUCCUAGAAUUGCAGUGAAUAGGGCUUGAUUCCAAGUGACGGAGCUGUUACCUCAAGUAUAAAGUACGCAACCUGUAUUGCUUGAACUUUCUCAGUUCAAGACUGCUCAUGACAAUGAAUGUUCCCAGGUUGGAGUUCAGUUUCACCAUACGUUUACUAGUCUACCUAUAAGCAGUGGAGCACAGAACCAAUCUAAUUUCUAUAUCGCAUGUCUAUAGGGCGAAUUCUACAACAACAUUGUUUUUGUCGAAGUAAAUUAUACUUGUUAAAUACACACCUCUGGAUGAUUAGGACGAGCCCCAUAUUGUCUAA